AUGAAAGCCAGAGCUAUAGACCAAUUACAGGCCAACAUCCAUUGGAAGCAGUCCUAUCAGAAUAGGAAAGAGCUUGAGGAGCUCACUACGGGGAGGACAGGUGUCUCAUUCAUAGCGGCCAGACUAAACAACAGAGCCCCAGAAAACUUAAACAUAUCUGCCAUAGGGUAUCAAAGACGUGCUUUGAGUCCGCGCCGUAGCCUCAGUAAGUCAUCUCCGCAAUCAAGCAUUCUGGCUCCAGAUAGCCUUCGGUUCCUUUUCGAAGAAAGCCCCCAGCAAGUGCCCACGAGGAUGAAGCCACAGGAGCUUCCACGUGCAAAUGGUAACUCAAUGACAAGGGAGGAGAUAAGCCAGGCCAUGAGCAGGAUUCGUGCAAGGAGAGCGGCUAGCCUGAACAAAACAUAUACUCUUGAUGGGAGCCCAUGUACCUUGAUUACCUUCAAUUCCCAUCUGAAGGACGAAGAUGUUGAUAAACUUAACGUGUCUCUCCAAACCAGGGGUGCCGGCACUUCCAUAGAUGGUGGCUGCAUGCGAGGAGGUGCACUAUCAACCGUUCUUCGUGAGAUUGACCAGAUUCCAGACCAGGAGCUCCUUUGUGAGUCCCCUCGUGACCCAAUAUCUGGCUGUGUGGACACGGCUUUCAGAAGUUACAGCAGAGGAAGCUCUACAGCAGCGCCCACUCGACCGCAGGCACAGCUGGGGUUUUCUACUAUGUCACUUAAGCCAUUCUUCGGAGAGUCUAUGUGCCUAAACCACGCAGCAGCCCGCCACAGAGCGAAGGCUAUUGCUUGA